AUGGAUACCUUGAACACGGUCGUUAAGGAAUGCAUGCAUGUGGCCACCGUGCUUGGACAACAGUACACUAUUAUCACCGUAGAUCAAGCACUGUACUGCAAAUUAGUCGAGUUGAAAUGGGCAAUUCCAGAAUAUCGAGAGAAACUUGUCGUACAACUCGGCGGUCUCCAUAUAUCUAUGUGUUUUCUUAAGACCAUUGGAGAUCAUAUGAAGCGAUCAGGCCUUGUUGACUCAUGGAUAGAGAGUGGUCUCCUAGGACCAAAUGCUGCUGAGACUGUGAUGAACGGCAAGGCGUAUAAAAGAGCAAUGCGUGCGCAUAAGAUAACACUGGAAGCCCUAUGGCGCCUGUUGGUCCCGCUGUUACUCAAGUUUUGCAAAACGAUCAAUGUUGAUCUUGCACUGCAGAUUUCGCGUCUUUUGUCGUCAGAACAGAAUGUUAAUGAUUUGAUUACAUGUUUGAAGUGGCCACAAUUUCAAACGGUGUACGACGAGUUCUUAACGCAGAAGUGUCAGGAAAAUGUCAAUUUUCAGUUCUGGUGGAGCUAUAUGGAGAUGAUAUUUAUCCUACUCGAUUUUACCCGUGCGCAGCGGGAGAGAGAUCGGGAGUUGUAUCUAGACAGCUUCCGUGCCAUGCUUCCAUACUUUUUCAUGUACGACCACCUGAAUUAUGCCAAGUGGGGGGUCGAUAUUUAUCGCCGAGAUGGAACAAUUGCCGUAUGA